UGAUUGAAUGGAUAUUUCCCGGUGCACCGAGAAAUGGGUAAAACAAAACAAGGAGAGGCCUCUGUCUUCCUCCAUCAUGCUGUCGAAUAAGAAAGACCCAGGCUCGUCCUCGUCCUCAUCCUCUUCCUCAGGAGGAAACGGGGUCGACAGGGCCACAGAGACGUCCGCGGGUCCGCAGUCGGGAGCCGCGACGGGUUCUGCUUCUUCAGCAGACGUGAAGAAGAAGGAAAGGGCGUCUCCGAGCGGAGAAGCGAGCGGAGCACCGCUGCCUCACCUCCCCGGCUCUGCUGGAGCAGAUCAGGACUCGGCCGAAGGCCGCAGGACCAGCCGGCGCAAGCGAGCCAAAGUGGAGUACAGGGAGAUGGACGAGAGCCUGGCGAACCUGUCGGAGGACGAAUACUACUCGGAGGAGGAGAGAAACGCUAAAGCCGAGAAAGAGCGAAAGCAGGUGGUUCCUCCGCCCGCACCCCCUGUCGAGGAGGAAAACGACAGCGAGCCAGAGGAACCCUCGGGUUUAGAGGGUGCAGCUUUUCAGAGUCGCCUUCCGCAUGACCGAAUGACCUCGCAAGAAGCGGCGUGUUUUCCUGACAUCAUCAGCGGGCCGCAGCAGACGCAGAAGGUCUUCCUGUACAUCAGGAACCGCACGCUCCAGCUCUGGUUGGAUAACCCUAAGAUCCAGCUGACAUUUGAGUCGACGGUGCAACAGCUGGAGGCACCUUAUAACAGCGAUGCCAUCCUAGUCCACAGAAUCCAUAGCUACUUGGAAAGACAUGGACUCAUCAACUUUGGGAUCUACAAGAGGGUCAAACCUUUACCAAGUAAGAAGACUGGGAAGGUGAUUGUGAUUGGCGGAGGAGUGUCUGGCCUGGGGGCUGCGAGGCAGCUGCAGAGCUUCGGGAUGGACGUCACCGUGCUGGAAGCCAGGGAUCGUGUCGGAGGACGAGUAGCCACCUUUCGUAAAGGCAAUUACGUGGCGGACCUGGGAGCGAUGGUGGUAACAGGCCUAGGUGGAAACCCCAUGGCUGUUAUCAGCAAGCAAGUGAACAUGGAGCUGGCCAAGAUUAAACAGAAGUGCCCCCUUUAUGAGGCCAAUGGCCAGGCUGGAGAGCGAUGCACAAGUGUUCCUAAGGAGAAGGAUGAGAUGGUGGAGCAAGAGUUUAACAGGCUUCUGGAGGCCACAUCCUACCUCAGCCAUCAACUUGAUUUCAACUUCCUCAAUAAUAAGCCAGUUUCUCUUGGCCAAGCUUUGGAAGUGGUCAUACAGCUGCAAGAGAAACAUGUGAAGGACGAGCAGAUCGAGCACUGGAAAAAGAUCGUAAAGACACAGGAGGAGCUCAAAGAUCUUCUUAAUAAGAUGGUGUCCACUAAGGAGAAAGUGAAGGAGCUGCAUCAACAGUAUAAAGAGGCAAAUGAGGUGAAGCCUCCAAGAGACAUCACAGCCGAGUUCCUGGUCAAGAGCAAACAUCGUGAUCUUACCGCUCUCUGCAAGGAAUAUGAUGCAUUGUCUGAGCAGCAGGUGAAACUCGAGGAAAGAUUGCAAGAGCUGGAGGCCAAUCCACCAAGUGAUGUAUAUUUAUCCUCAAGAGACAGACAGAUUCUGGACUGGCACUUUGCGAACCUGGAGUUUGCCAAUGCCACACCUCUGUCUACACUCUCUCUCAAACACUGGGAUCAGGACGACGAUUUCGAGUUCACAGGGAGUCACCUGACCGUGAGAAACGGCUACUCGUGCGUUCCAGUGGCCCUGGCCGAGGGAUUGGACAUCAAACUGAACACGGCAGUGCGCCAGGUGCGCUACACCUCCUCAGGCUGUGAGGUGAUCGCCGUGAACACACGCUCAACCACACAGACCUUCAUCUAUAAAUGUGAUGCUGUGCUGUGCACUCUUCCCCUGGGAGUGAUGAAGCAGCAGCCACCUGCAGUGCAGUUUGUGCCUCCGCUCCCUGAGUGGAAGACGUCUGCUAUUCAAAGGAUGGGCUUCGGCAACCUCAACAAGGUGGUGCUGUGUUUCGACCGUGUGUUUUGGGACCCGAGCGUGAACCUGUUCGGUCAUGUAGGAAGCACCACAGCCAGCCGUGAGCUCUUCCUUUUCUGGAACCUCUACAAAGCCCCCAUUCUGCUGGCGCUGAUGGCCGGGGAGGCCGCGGGCAUUAUGGAGAAUAUCAGUGAUGAUGUCAUCGUCGGCCGUUGCCUAGCAAUCCUAAAGGGAAUCUUUGGUAGCAGUGCAGUUCCUCAGCCGAAAGAGACGGUGGUGACGCGAUGGCGUGCGGACCCCUGGGCUCGUGGCUCAUACUCAUACGUGGCAGCUGGUUCCUCCGGCAACGACUAUGACCUCAUGGCUCAGCCAAUCACGCCCGGACCUGCCAUACCUGGGGCUUCACAGCCCGUUCCUCGACUCUUCUUUGCCGGAGAGCACACGAUCCGUAACUAUCCGGCGACGGUACACGGAGCUCUGCUGAGCGGCCUCAGAGAGGCAGGACGCAUAGCCGAUCAAUUCCUCGGAGCAAUUUACACAAUGCCCAGGCAGAACACACCUGCUGCCAACCCCCAGCCGUCUCCCAGUGUGUAGAUGCGCGCGCACACACACACACACACACACACACACACAGGUCCUGUUCAGCAUGUAGGAGCUCACUUAUAUAUAUUCUCUUGUCCAGUUUACAGGAGGAAACACACACACACACACACACACACACACACACACACACACACACACACACACACACGCAUCUAUAGCCCAGAACAGAACCACCCUACACUUGUCUUUGUGUAACACAUCCAAUCAGAAAGAAGGACAUGAAAGGCGAGGAGAAAAUUAAAUGUAAAGUGCAAAGAUAAAGUCUAUUGUCUAAAUGGGACCUUCAGAAAGUGUGUGUGUGUGUGUAUUUGCUAAUUACCGGUCUCUGAAUGAAGCUGAAGUUUAAAGGAAGCUCUACCUCUUCCUGAGGAUCAGUGCUUGAAAAGCGUUAACCCCCCCCCCCACCCUCUUUGUUAACUUCACAGAAUUUCCUGGAAUGUAACAACAAUUUUCAGGAAUAAUUGUUACCAUAAUCGACAAACAACAAUCCGGGAAUCACACAACAAAAAAAAAAACAGAGGCCGCAGCUUGAAUUCAUGAAACACACACACACACACACCACCAUAACCUGUCUGUCCGAGGAUUAAAACAAGCGGACUUCAUGCCGGACGCAAACAGGACACACUCUCGCACAUGGCACACGCGCUCGCUUCCUCACGCUCGUCCGAAUACGCCACAGUCCUGCAAAGGUCAGAAUCGACCAUCGCGAUUCCAGAAGAUCAGCGUCUACUUGAUUAUCUGGCUAUUUGUUGUCGAAGUUUCUCCAAACCGACGUUCUGGCGUUCAACAGAAUGCAGUGCAGUUCAUCAGAGCAUUAACAGUAUCACGUGUGAGGAAGAAUAGCUUCCCAAACAUAAAUACAGACCGGAAUCGGAAAUCCUUUGCACUGAUUUUCACCCAAUGUUCCAUUUUUGUUUUAUAUAUAUAUAUUAUUAUUAUUAUUAUUUUUAUUCAGAUCCAUGUGAAUGCUAAAUCGCUUCCACCGUUCUACAUGAUCUUUGUCGACCAGUUAGUCAAGUAAGGAGAAAAAAAUAGCUUGAAGUGUGUAGCUGCUAUUAUACUUUUUUUUUUUUUUUCGGUUGAAAUAUGAAACGUUUUUAGUGAAUUUCAUGAAGCAGCUAAGAUUUUUGUUUGUUUUUGUUUGUUUGUUUGUUUGUUUUUAUUUUCUAUAAUUGUCCUCACAGUCUAGGUUUUAUAUCUCAUCAGAAUUUGGUAUUAAAUGAAGAAAAGAAA